AUGAUUUUUUCAUUGGAUGAGGAUUUGUGCCAUCUAAAACUAGCAGAUUCCCAAAAUGGCAUUCCAGCUAUAGCAAUUCAUGAUGAAAGCGACGACAAUUCUGAGAGAGCAACUGAAUUCUCAGCACCAUCAACUAAGGGCACCCAGCUGUCAUCAAGCACAGAACCGAUACCGUUCCAGAAUGGCCCUAAAGCUAGAAGGAGAUCAUCUGUCCUGGAAAGAUUCCCAAUUACUACACCGCCCCAUACGAGACGUGUCUCUAUAACGCCAACAUCACUGAAACCCGAUGGAAAUUUAUGGAGCGAUCAGAAGCUUAAAUCAGCACGUAAUCUUAAAGAUUUUUCACCGGUGAGGGUUUUGGGAAAGGGCGCAUAUGGAAAGGUCAUUCUCGUGAGGGACCUUACCACUUCAAAACUGUAUGCUAUGAAGCAGCUUAAAAAAGCAGAGAUAAUCUUUACAAACCAAGAAAACGUUGAUGAGAACAGUGAUGAACACAAGGAUAGUAGUGCUCUCUUCAAAAGAAUUGAAAGGACUUUCGCAGAAAGAACGAUUCUUUCCGAAUUGGAGCAUCCAAAUAUUGUAAAGUUGUUUUAUUCCUUUCACGAUAAUUCAAAACUAUAUUUAUUAUUGCAAUACAUUCCAGGUGGUGAAUUAUUCUUUCACUUGAAAGAACAUGGCACAUUGGAUGAAGAUACCGUUGCUUUUUAUGCAGCUGAGAUAAGUUGUGCAUUAAAGUUUUUACAUGAUAAAGGGAUUGUUUAUAGAGACUUGAAGCCAGAGAAUUGUCUGCUUGACCAAAAUGGUCAUUUAGUGCUAACAGAUUUUGGAUUGAGUAAAAAAAGCGUAGCCCAAAUGGAGUCAGAUGCAGGACUGAAAGAAGAUAAUAAUAUUAUGGAAUUGCAUUCUAUAAUUGGUACCCCAGAAUACUGUGCUCCCGAAAUUUUACAAGGUUUAUCGUAUACCAAAAAUUGCGACUGGUAUUCCCUCGGCUGUUUGGUAUACGAUAUGUUGGUGGGUAAGCCUCCAUAUACAGGUGCAAAUCAUAAAAUAAUUCUUUCAAAAAUUCAAAAGCAGAACGUCAAACUUCCAUAUUAUUUAAGCGAUGGCAUGAAAGAUAUGCUUGGUGCCCUGCUAAAGAAAGAGCAGGGCAAAAGAUGGGAUGUUGACAAUUACUGGAGAGUAGCGCAAAAUAAGACGACAAAGGCCAGAAAGAAAAGGAAGGCUGGCCAAGAACGUACGUCAGGAUACACAGCACAUUUUGUUUUCAGAAAGAUCAACUGGAAAAAACUAGAAAGCGGUGAAUUGCAGAAUUCUGAGUCCGGUCCCAUCGUUCCUUUGAUUACCGAUUGGGCUUUAGCUGAAAAUUUCGAUACUGAAUUCACUAGCAUGUCUUAUGAGCACGACUGCAAUGAGACCAACGAUUUAAAUAUUCCAAACGCAUCUGAUGUUUUUAAGGGCUUUAGCUAUAAGGCUAGUGGGAGUUAUUUGGAUAGAUACUUUUGA